AUGCAGUAUCUUCAUGGGAAUGCGUUAAGGAGACUCACGUUAACAGUUCUGAACAUCAAGCUUUUGGAGUUGGGACUAAAAGGUCAGUUCCCACGAGGUGUAGAAAAUUGUACAAGCUUAAUAGGCUUAGAUCUUUCAAGCAACCAGCUCAGUGGAACUCUUCCUCAUAAUAUCGAUAAAAUUCUUUCGUUCGUUACGUCUCUUGAUCUCUCUUUCAACAUCUUCUUAGGCUUGAUCCUGCCGAAGCUUUCCAAUUGCAGCUAUAUGAAUGUGCUCAAGCUUGAUAACAACCAGCUCUCAGGUAACAUUCCGGCAGAAUUCAACCAGCUAACUAGGCUUAAAACUUUCAGUGUGGCCAACAAUCCUGGACACUGUGGAUACCCUCUGAAGCCUUGUCCACCAAUAUCUCGAAAGAAGUCCGUUAGUGUGGCUAGGGUUUUCAAGUCCAAUGAUGAACUCCAACAACUCCGUCUCCGUGUGCGCCUUAUUUCGUCAUGUUUAACGUGA